AGCAGGUUGAUUUAGCACCAUGAAUAUUGAUAUUAAUGUUGACAAAACACCGACGAUCGGAGAGUGUCAAACGUGGAAUUUCACAGGACAUUUACAAUACAUAGAGAUGAUGGAUAUAUCAUUGCUAUUAUUCCUGACGAAAAGUAUGCAUAUCCGUACCACCAAUGCAGUGAAUAUGACAACAAUGCGACUAUCAAUGUUUAUCUUAGGAACACGGAGCAACGAGAUAACUAACGCCAAGUUCACUAUUUACCAUCGUUUUUGGCUAGUACUACUGUGGGUGGUAGUACAGAUGGUACCGGCUACUAUAAUUAACAUCAUAAAACCUGCAAGCAUUGGUGAUGUUGAGCACAUCCCAUACAUUCGUGCGCUAGCCUGUGCCGAUUACAGUCAGGAUGUCAGCCGUUGUGAUGUACCCCAAAAGGUUAAUUAGGGAGAUCUACAAUAGCUGU